AUGUUGCAUGAAGCAAGGGACAGACAGAAGUUCUUCAGUGAUGUUCAAUAUCUGCGGGAAAUGCAGCAUAAGGUGGAGUCUGAAUAUCAGGCUUGUCUGAGAAGACAGGAACACAGAAGAGACUCAGCCGAGAACUAUGGAGAUCUAUCCGGGGGGCAAGAGACAAAUUUUGAGAAAUCCUGGUUUUCAAGUGGGACACCUUCCAAACAGACUUCUGGUAAGGAGGACCCUCUAGCCAAACCAAAAUUAGCUGUCAAAAAUUCUGCGGUGAAGUGUGAGUCCAGACUUCCAGCAAUCAACCAAACAUCCAUCAGGCAAAAAGAUAAAAGCACCAUGACCACAAAGAAACCAGAGAACGUGGGCCCCAGCAAACCCUCUGCAGCAGCCCAGUCACCCCAGAUUUUAUCCAAGAAGAGGAGGCCAAACCUGGGGAGACUGACGGUCAGCCCAGACCUGCAGAGCCCGGGAGCGCCUGGGGACAGAAGCAGACAGAAGUCACAGCUGCCCGUGAAGGCGCCGGCCCUCCGGGGAGCAGAUCCAGUUCAACGAGAAGGUGCGAUGUGGACAAGCAACGCUAAACCGAAGAGGCCAAUGCGAGAGAGAAGGAACUUGGUCCCACCCUCACGGCCAAUGACCGUGACCAAGAACACCCCUGAGAGAGCCCGGAAAGGAGACCAGCGUGCUCUUUCCCAGAAGGAGCCCCAGCCGGCCCCAGCCCAGGCCUUCCCAGGAACAAACAGGCCGCGGGUGUCGAGUGAGUCCUCAGGGCCGCCACCCUUCACCACCACCACGGGAGAGUCGAGAUGGGCGCCAUUUAGGUUCAGGGAUGAAGAUUUUUAUUCCAUCUUGUCAUUGAGCUGUGGAGGAGAAAGUGAUGACACUGAGGAGGAAACCCACGAGGAGGAAGAGCGUUUGUUGGCCAGUAUGUGUGAACCCCAUUCUCCUUCCCGUCGCAAGAGAAGUCAGUUUCUCGGCACAUCAGCCCUACUGGCCAAAAACAAAAAUUUUGAAGAAAAUCCUGAAAGUUGCAGGGCUAAUUCUGUAAGAAAAAGUAAGUGCAAUCAUGGCUCACUAAGAAUAAGCAAUGUAAUGGAGCCAGUGAGAGAGCAGGCUCCCGUCGGGCAAAGGAUGUCCCAAGACCCCAGGCUGCCUAAUGGGGGGUCUGCCACAGAGAACGACAGUGGUGACAGUGAAAUCGAGGACAAGACCUUUCAUUCACAGGACACCAAACUCAACCCUAAUCUAGAAGAUGGUCUCAGUGCUAAAGAUGCAUUUAGUGAUUGCGCUUCUGUGGAAGACAGGCCAGGCACCCAUAAUUACGAGAGAGAAUGGCAAACCUAUUUAAAUAACUCCAGCACUCCUCUUGAUUACUUUCCUUCUGGUAGACCUAGAUCACCAAUGAAUUCAUCUUAUAACACCCCGGGAUCGUUAACGCACUCUGCCCUGACAGAUGACGUUCCAGUAGACUUGUCGAUGACAGCCCCUUCAGUUCACAGUUCAAACUCAGAGGGAACCUCAAGGCUUAAUGCUCGCCGACCACUGUCCCCCAUUAGAAAUAGGAAGCCAUCUGCCAGUCCUGAAAACCACAGUUAUUUUCCAGCAAACGGUGCACGUGAAUUUGAUGUCAGGGGAGCAGAAGCUAGUGCUUCAGCAAGCCAAUCUCAGGGGGCUCCAUUGUACACAGAAGAUUUCUUACUAAAUCCUCAAAGAAGCUUGUCAUUGGUGGAGACUACCAGCUCCUCUGCAUCAGGGACGAACUUACAGGGCCACUUGUACGUGCAUGGGUCCCUGCAAGAAAACAUACCUCUCACUUUCUUCGCAGCAUCUGAUUUCCCACAUCAGAAUGGCAGUGGGAACAGAAUGGUGGUCUCUGGUUUCACAGACGAAAAGGCAGCCACUAAAAUAAAGGCUGACCCCGAAAAACUCAAGAAAUUUCAAGAAAGUCUCCUGGAGGAGGACUCUGAGGAGGAGGGAGACUUGUGUCGCAUUUGUCAGAUGACGGGGGGUUCCCCAACCAACCCCCUCCUGGAGCCUUGCAGCUGCGUGGGAAGCCUGCAAUUUGUUCAUCAAGAGUGCCUGAAAAGGUGGCUGAAAGUGAAAAUAACAUCAGGAGCGGAUCUGGGUGCUGUGAAGACCUGUGAGAUGUGUAAGCAAGGCCUCCUGGUCGACCUGGAUGAUUUUAACCUGACCGAGUUCUACCGGAAGCACCAGCAAUCCCGGGUGCAAAACGAGCUGAUGAACUCAGGCCUGUACCUGGUGCUGCUGCUUCACCUCUACGAGCAGAGGUUUGCAGAACUCAUAAGACUCAACUAUAGCCGGGCAGCGAGGGCACGGUUGUCAAGAAAUUUCCCACAACCCAGGCCGGAAGAAAAUGAAAAUGCCGAGCUGGGAGAUGGAACCGAAAACGGCAUUCAUCAAGGCAACAGCAGGGUCGUCUAG